GUCAUGACGCCCCGGGCUGCACACUUCACAGCACACCCUUCACAUCUCUUCACUGCCACACUUCGACGGUCAACAGAAAGACUUGACCACACUCGGGGCCAUCCACCAAAACAUCCUCGGCCCAUAAUUCCUGCUACGAACCCUGGAACGGAACGAAGGACGAAUUCAGGAGAAUCCUCAAGCGAACGACUGACCGGCCAAUAAUCACCAGAAUCAGAGAGAUGGCGUUCAGUCUGGACGAAUGCAUCGAGAAGCUUCUGACGAAACAGCUGCUGGUCGAGGCCUUGAUCAAAGAAAUUUGCGAGAAAACAAAGGAACUCUUGAUGAGAGAAAGUAAUGUCGUUCACAUCUCUGCACCAGUAACGGUGGUAGGUGAUAUACAUGGACAGUUUUACGACUUGAUCGAAAUCUUUCGGAUCGGAGGAUUUUGUCCAGAUACAAAUUAUUUAUUCUUGGGUGAUUACGUUGAUCGGGGACUAUUCAGUGUAGAGACGAUUUCACUACUAACCUGUCUGAAACUGCGGUAUCCGGACCGAGUCCAACUAAUCAGGGGGAAUCAUGAAUCUAGAGCAGUCACCCAAACUUAUGGAUUUUAUGCAGAAUGCGUCAGGAAAUAUGGCAGUCCAAGCGUAUGGACCUACUUUACAGACAUGUUCGAUUUCUUGACGUUGUCAGUGGUGAUUGAGGAUCGGAUAUUUUGUGUGCAUGGUGGUCUAUCACCCUCUAUUCAUUGUAUCGAUCAAAUCAAAGUCAUCGAUCGGUUUCGAGAAAUUCCUCACGAGGGACCGAUGGCAGACUUGGUUUGGUCGGAUCCCGAUCCAGAUAAGGAAGAUUUUGCAAUUUCACCCAGGGGUGCCGGAUAUACGUUCGGAGCCCAAGUAGUGAAGAAGUUUCUCACGAUUAACGACAUGCAUCACAUUCUAAGAGCACACCAACUAUGUAUGGAAGGCUUCUCAGUUUUAUACGAUGACAGAUUAUCGACGGUCUGGAGUGCACCAAAUUAUUGUUAUCGAUGCGGGAACAUGGCCUCCAUCUUGGAGAUCGGGCCGGAUGGGCAUAAGCAUUUCAACGUCUUCGAUGCCGCUCCGGAGAAUGAACGUGAUGGCCCUCAGCAGCAGAUGCAGCUUCAACAGCAGCAGCAGCAGCUUCAGAUGCAGCAUCAACAGAAUAACGGCGGACAGGAUAACGGAAUGGCUAAUCCUUAUAUGCUACCUCAAGUGGAAUAUUUUUUGUAACACUUCUUACACCUUUAAUGAUAUAGAAACUGGCGAUCGCAGUACCAGUUGUAUUUUUUUUUUUUCAAAACACACAUAUGUUUAUAUAUAUUAAAAUAUUGGUUGAGCUUUCUUCUUUGAAUGUUGAAAAAAAAGGGAGUGGAAAAAUAAGAAAAAAAUGAAAACCAAAAGUGGGGGGGGGGAUUGCAAU